AUGAAAAGGGGACGAAGUACGCGACGAAAGAUACGAUUUUCGAGGAAGCGACGUCGAAAGAACCGAACUGCUUCAAGUACGUCAUAUUCAACAAUACCGAAAUCCUAUUCGGCACAAAUUUUUGGUGCAUUGAAAUCACUCGAUCCGGUGAGUGUUACGCAAGCACAGCAAUUAAUGAAUCAGUUUGUGAACGCAAUGUUUCAACGAUCAGCACUGGAUGCAGUCAAUGUAAGUCACUUAGAACCUCAUACAUAUUAUUUAUUCACUGUACGACUGACUCACAAUCAAACAAUCGGUCGAGUUGCAGCUACCAAUCAACCGCCAUAUUAUUGA